AUGGUUGAGACGUCGCUGACUUCGGAACCUCCGUUCUGUGACACUUUCGAGAGAAUCUCAAUUGAUACAUUUCCAAUUUGGGCACUUGGAAAAGAGAUUAGCAAGGAAGAUGGUAUUGACGCAAUGAAAAAAUACAUGACUUCUCGAUUCUGGUUCACCUACAGAAGAAAUUUCUCGCCAAUCGGCGGCACCGGACCAAGUACCGAUCAAUAUUGGGGAUGUAUGCUCCGAUGUGCUCAGAUGCUAUUGGGAGAGGUCUUGCUACGUCGUCACAUUGGAAGACACUUUGAGUGGGAUAUUGAGAAGACGUCUGACGUUUAUGAGAAGAUUCUACAAAUGUUCUUUGAUGAAAAGGAUGCGUUGUACUCCAUUCAUCAGAUUGCCCAAAUGGGAGUCAGUGAAGGGAAAGAAGUGUCGGAAUGGUUCGGACCCAACACUGCCGCCCAGGUAAUCAAGAAAUUGACAAUUUUCGAUGACUGGUCCAAUAUCGCAGUCCACGUGGCAUUGGACAACAUUCUGGUGAAACAAGACGCCUUAACCAUGGCCACCACGUAUCCCAGUGAAGAUGCUGUUAAGCUUAUUAUGGAAAACGGACUAGUUGAGAAGCAUUAUACCUCUACCGUCCCAGCCAAUGGAACCGAAUGGCGACCGCUUCUCCUAAUGAUUCCACUUCGUCUCGGCCUAACUUCCAUCAAUUCGUGCUACCUUUCAGCCAUUCAAGAAUUCUUCAAACUUCCCCAAUGCGUUGGUAUCAUUGGCGGUAAACCAAAUCUUGCCCAUUACUUCGUUGGAAUCGCCGGAACAAAACUAUUCUAUUUGGAUCCACAUCAUUGUCGUCCGAAGACUUCAAAGUUUUUCGUUGAGAAGGAACAACAACAACAAUCAUCUGGAGAUUCGACACCAGAGAAAGUGGAGAAAAUCGAUGAUAAUGGGUUCCACGAGUUGGAAGACUUGGAACCAUUACCAUCGCAAACUUCUGACGUCUACACGAAAAUGAAUGACUCCACGUAUCACUGUCAAAUGAUGCAAUGGAUGGAGUAUGACAGCAUUGAUCCCUCAUUGGCUCUUGCUCUUUUCUGCGAGACUCGCGAGGAAUUCGAAAAUCUCUGUGACGAACUUCAGAAGACCACCUUGACGGCUUCGAAUCCUCCGAUGUUUGAAUUUUUGGAGAAACGUCCGAAAUAUCUUCCAAAGUUUGAGCCAUAUACUGGAGUUAGUAUGAAAAUCGAGAUGAAGGAGUUUGAUGAUAUUGGAGCGGCAAAUUCGAAAAUCGACGAAGAUUUUGAGGUGUUGGAUGUGUCGGUAGAAGACGCGGAGACUGAGUCCGGGAUUCCGCAAUUUUUGAGCCGAAGAAUAUCAAAAAAGUUCCAGGAAAUUGGGAAAUGA